AUGGCGACACAACCCCCCGGCCAGAAGCCGAAGGUGCAGCCGUGCCGAUACAAAACCGGAAAGACACUGGGCGCUGGCUCGUACUCUGUCGUCAAGGAAUGUGUGCACAUCGACACCGGUCGCUAUUAUGCGGCCAAGGUCAUCAACAAGCGUCUGAUGGCAGGGCGUGAGCAUAUGGUUCGGAAUGAGAUCGCUAUAUUGAAGAGGGUGUCGAUGGGCCACCAAAACAUCCUCACUCUGGUCGACUAUUUUGAAACCAUGAACAACUUAUAUCUGGUCACUGAUCUCGCACUCGGGGGAGAGCUUUUCGACCGCAUCUGCCGCAAAGGCAGUUACUACGAGUCAGACGCUGCGGAUCUCAUCCGCGCAGUCCUCUCGGCCGUGGCCUAUCUUCACGAUCAUGGGAUCGUCCAUCGAGACUUGAAGCCCGAGAACUUGCUUUUCCGUACCCCAGAAGAUAAUGCUGAUCUCCUGAUCGCUGACUUCGGGCUAUCAAGGAUCAUGGACGAGGAGCAGUUCCAUGUCCUGACAACGACUUGCGGAACGCCAGGAUAUAUGGCGCCUGAAAUAUUCAAGAAGAGUGGUCACGGCAAGCCAGUUGAUAUAUGGGCCAUAGGUGUAAUUACCUAUUUCCUUCUGUGUGGAUACACCCCCUUCGACCGGGACUCCAACCUUGAGGAAAUGCAAGCUAUCCUAGCAGCAGACUACUCCUUCACUCCACUGGAAUAUUGGCGUGGCGUAUCACAAGAAGCCCGCAAUUUCAUUAACCGCUGCUUAACAAUCAAUCCGGAGUCACGGAUGACUGCCCACGAAGCCCUGCAGCACCCGUGGAUCAACCCGCCCUACGAAAACGCCAAGGUCGGCUCCGGCGAAGACCUGCUGCCAACAGUCAAGAAGAACUUCAAUGCCCGACGGACGCUGCAUCGUGCCAUCGACACCGUUCGCGCCAUCAACAAGCUUCGCGAGGGUGGUGGCUUCAUGAUGGAUGGCGUUAUGAGCGUCGAUCCCAAACCCGAGCGUGUCAAUGGCGACGAGAUCGUCGAGGAGCAAAGCCACGCAGCUCCGGUUGGGGAUCCGGCGCAGAUUGAUAGUCGAGGAAAUGCCCGUGGGCAAACAGAGGAGCAGAUCCGAGCCCAGGAACGUAAGGUUAAGGAGAUGGUCGCUGGCUUGUGGAGUCGCACUCCUCGCUAG